AUGAGCAGUAAGACACAAGUUUCCACUCCUUCCAGACCCCGGACGUAUUCCAGCGAAAGCCCAAACACACCCCAACGUUCGCGGCUGAACUCUCGGGACAUGAGUCAAUCUACCCCACAGCGGGCCCGAUUGAAUUCUCGUGACAUUCCAAGAUCCUACUCUGGAUUGUACGGAGAGGCAGGAGAUGAUUUGCUGCCUUUUGAACUAUCACGCAAAGAACACGUUGAUUGGCUGGAGACUGGAGGCAUAUUGUUAUUGUGUUGCUACGUGGGAGGAGUUGCAAUUGUGGAAGUUUUGGCUUUGGCAAUUUUGGAAACGCUGGAAAACCACACACUUCCGCUUUACUGGAGCUGGACUUUCACCAAUGGGGCUCACACCAUACUUUCUAUUAUCUACUUGCAUUGGAUGAAGGGAUCCUUGUUUGAUGAACAAGGAGAAAUGGCAGCAAUGACACUGUGGGAACAACUAGAGGGCCGAUUUGGUGCAGCGGCAGCACGAAGAGUUUUGACCGCUAUUCCAACAUUGCUGUGCUAUGCAGCUUGUCAGUUCUCCAAUUACGAACGCACUGUCUGUUUGACAAAUGUCGCGUUGUGGUUGCUCUGUAUCCUUGCAAAGCUGCCAUUUAUGAACGGGGUUCGGAUUCUCGGAAUCAACACAACCACUGGCAUUGAUGAUGACUUCAAUGGGAAACAAGACUAA